AGAUAGAUUAAAAUGAAAUUAGCACUAAUUUUUGCAGCCACCGUUCUGGCCGUUAACGCAUUGUCAGAAAAAGACCACUGGGAAAAUUUCAAAGUUACACAUAAUAAAAACUACCGCAACCAUGUUGAAGAAAAUUUACGGUUCGAAAUUUUUCGGAAUAAUUUAAAAGCUAUCGAAGAACACAACAAAAAAUACGAAGCAGGAAAAGUGUUAUACUUCAAAGCCAUCAACCAAUUUGCCGAUCUUACCAAGGCAGAAUUUUCAGCGCUGUUAGGAUAUAAAUCAAAAAACCGAACCAGUAAAGUAGAAUUCUACAGAUAUAAUGGUUUGAAUGUUCCAGACUCUAUUGAUUGGAGAGAAAAAGGAGCUGUUUUGGCAGUCAGACAUCAAAUUGACUGUGGUUCCUGCUGGGCUCACAGCGCUGUAGGGGCACUUGAAGGACAAAACUUUAUCGUCAACGGCAAAUCCGAUCUACUUAGUCCUCAAGAACUAGUAGAUUGUUCAGAUGAAUACGGAAAAAGUGACUGUAUACUUGGAGGAGACAUGCUUGAAGCCUUUGAGUACGUUAAACAUGAGGGUCUUGAUACAGAAGAGCAGUAUCCGUAUGACGACGAAAAAUUGUCAUGCAGAUCAAAAAGUCCCAAAGCAAUUCAUAUUAGUGGAUAUAAACUAUUGGCUCGCGAUGAAAAUAUUAUUAAAGAAGCAGUCGCUACCAUUGGUCCUGUCUCCAUUGCUCUAAAUUCUUCGCCUCUCGGUUUCUACGCAGGUGGAAUUGUUGAUGGCGAAUGUGAUCCUAAAGCUAUUGAUCACGGUGUUCUUAUUGUCGGUUAUGGAUCAGAAAAUGGCGAAGAUUAUUGGAUUGUUAAAAACUCAUGGGGUAGUUCAUUUGGCGAGAACGGUUUCUUCAGAAUAAAAAGAGGAGUCAACCAAUGUGGUCUCACAUAUGAAGUAUCCUAUCCCAUAUUGUAAAUAAAGCAGUAAGGAAUUCUUGCAUAUUAUCUGAAGUAAACAUGCAUUUAAUAUAAAAACUUUUUUUAUUUAUUUGGUCAAUUAGAAUAUCAAAAGUUA